AGUCUGUUCGCUUUUUCCAGCACAAACCAUGAGCACCACCACCACCGACAAAUAUGUUCGUGGUGUGUCAUUCGACACCAUGACCGACAAGGAUCUCCCUCUUUAUUCCUUUACAUUGCGGGGUAAAACACCCAACUAUAAAAAAGAUCGUCGUUCUCGGUCAUUCCUGGUGGCUACCGAUUUAGCCAACUACAGUGAAUAUGCUCUUACUUGGGCAAGCGAAGAAAUUAUGGAUGACGGCGAUGAAUUAGUGGUAUUGCGUGUCGUCACUGUCGACUUGACGGACAAAAGAGCGAAUGUUCAAAGUGUACUGGAACAAGAGGCGCAUGAAGCACGCGAAAAAGCUACGGAGGUUAUGGAUAAAAUAAUGAAGAAUACAACACCGGAUAAAAAGAUUAGUGUAAUUAUCGAGUUUGUGUUUGGCAAAGUGCAAGAAACCAUUCAACAUAUGAUCGCAAUGUACCAGCCGUCGCUCUUGAUCGUGGGGACACGAGGAUUGUCUGAGUUUAAAGGUAUGCUUCUCGGCAGCAUAUCCAAGUAUUGUCUUCAGCAUUCCCCUGUACCGGUGGUCGUGGUGCGUCCUGAAGGCAAACACAAGAAACAUAAAGCGAAAAAACAUCGGUUAAGUGGACUCAUGCGUAUCAGCAGCAGUAGUAACGUAAGCACGAGAGAUACACUCCAGUCAUCGAGUGAUGAGGAAACCGCAGGUCCCAUUGAAAAGAAGUUGAGCCGUCUUUCUCUCCAAAGUUUUGGUCGACGAUCCAGAUCCCCCUCUCCUGCACCACCUAAAGCUUAGACAUCCUCUAUACAAGAGUAAUAUAAUUUUACGGUAAAAAUUUGAAAUCAAAUAAUGAAACCUUUCCGUUCUCGCCCAGGAUGACAAAAACCUUUCAUCAACCAAAAUAUAACGAUGAAGAAUUUCAUCCCUCUUUUCAUUAAAACGGGAAUGGCCUCCGCAAUGAGCCGUUCCGUCCGUCCAUAUUAAAGCUGAACCGUGCGAUAUGUGUACCAAAG